CGAAUUGUUGUGAACGAUGGAAGAAAAAUACGUCUAGAAGUGACCGAACACAAAGUGAAGUGAAUAAAUUACACACGUUAGAACAAAUUUUAAAGAAAGAUACACAGUUAAAGAACAGACACAAGUCCAAGUGUGAAAUGCUUGUGAAUUGUAAAAGUUUAAUUGGUUUGGCUAUUGUUUUGCAAACAACAGCAGGAGCAUGUUGAUUAAGGAAUUGCGCUAUCAAAUAAAAUGAAUAAUUAAAUUACCUUAAAAAGAGAAACUAAAUUUAAAAAAUAAAUAUAUAAGUAGUUUUUAAAAAGCCUUAAGUGCCAUUUUGCAAAUAAAGUCUGGUUUCUUAAAGUCCUUAAAACAUAAAAGAAAAAAUUUUCAAAAAAUAAAAAACAAGACUUUGUGAUUAUAAUCAAAAAAACCUUUGUGUCUAUAAAAUUGUCCUCAUACCUUUAAAAUCAAAAUAUAAAAACCAAAAAUAAUCAUCUUCUCUAACAGACAUCCUUAAAAUACACACAACAAUUCAACGUAAAACAUCCAAAAACAAACAAAAAAAAAAAACACUUGUGUUUUUGCCACUUUUGGGUAAAAAGUUUUCAUAAACAGCAACAAAAAAAAAACACCAAAAAUAAAACGAAUUUUUUUUAGCAACAGUCGCAAAAAAUCUAAAACUGCCUGCACACCGUUCAGUUGUUCAGUUUAUAUUUUAUCUGUGUAUUUAGAGAGUAAAUUUUAUACACCAACACUCAAACAAUACAGUCCAUGCAAUUUCCAACUAAAAGGAUAAUAAAUUGUGCAUUUGUAUGUAUUAGUAUAUGAAUUAGGAUUCGUGCACACAUUUUUGCACAUUCGCAACACCAGCAUUUUAGUUUUCCUACAUUUUAUAAGCUGCACGAAGAAAAUACAACAAAUUACCAAACAACCCGAAAUAUCAACCGUAUGUUUAACAGAAUACGACAACUAUAAAAUAAAUGUAUCCAUAUCCAAACAUAAAAGAAAAUUCGUAAAAAAAAAUAUUGAAAUAAAAAAAAACCUAUUCCAUUGUUUAAGGAAAAGUGAGUGUCAUAUAAACCGGAGAUUUUGAUCUAAAUUAAAAAUAAAUCCUCAGCAUCAUUGUCAAACAUUUUUAUGUUUCAGGAUAUAAAGACUGUUUGUUAUUUCCGUAUAACUGGUUAAUGUCAUUAGUGUGAUUGAUCUAUUGUCUCAUCACCAUCAUUAGCCAUCCAACCGAACACCAACAACAACUAAUGGAAUUUCCACAAUAUUGACUGAUUUUUUCGCAAAACAAAAGAAACAAAAUAUUUUUUGUACACAAAUUUUGAUACUACCUAAAUAUUUAGAUUUUCUACACAUUUUUUUAUAACUUUAUAAAAUCAAAAACAAUUUGUAAAAAAUCACAAAAAAAAGUAGUUAAAAACCUUAUUCCCUUUCCCGUAAUAAAACCCAAAUCCAAAAACUGCAAAAGCCAAAAGGUAUGCAGCGUUGUCCCUAUAUACAUGAGAUGAGAGAACGUUUAUUAAACGAUCAGAAUCGUGAAUCAUUACCUUUGGAACAAAUGGAGCGUGCAAAUCUAUUAGACAAUCGUCAAUCGGCUGAAUUACAACAGCUACAUGCCGAUGGGUAUCACACAAGUCCAGCCCAUCAAAGAACACCACUGGUGCCUAGAGAUCUGGGAGAAGAUUUCAAUUUGGAUUUCGAUGAUGAUUUUCCAAUCGAUGCCAAGCGGCCUAAAAAUGCUAAGGUUGUUUAUUCGGUAAAAUCAGAUCCAAAUAAACGAAGUUUUUUACCAGCUAAAAUAACGAUACAUGGCACAUAUCACACCAAUGUUAUAACAGGACCAAUUGAAUUAUGGACAUCGUUGUUCAUUGUGACCAGUUUGGUUUAUGCCAUCAUAUUGAUUGUUGUGUGCAUUGCUUACGUUAUAAGCGAUGUGACCACUCACCGUCUGCCCGUACUCUACUAUGAAAGUUUCUUUACGUAUUUGUAUGGUGUCAGCAUACUCUUCCUAUUGUAUGUUUUCUGUUUUCUGUUACAGGAAAGUUCCUGUUGCAAUGGCGGCAACAAUCAACCGAAAUCUCCUAAAAAAGAAAAGAAAUCUAAAAAAGACAAAGAUCCAGCCGAUUCGAAAGAUGCGAAAGGUACCAAGGAUUCUGGCAAGGGUGGUAAGCCCAGUCCCUAUCAGGAACGGUAUCCAAUUAAGAAACGUGAUUUGGUACGACAUUCUUUAAUACCAACCCAGGACUCUCAAGUGGAAGCUGAAGUAGCCGUUACACCAAAAAAUGUACGCAAACGUAAAACUACUCACAGUGAUCUGACUCACGGCAGUUUCUUUUUGCGGGUAGGAGCCAUUGCUUUUGGUUUGGGUGCCAUGAUUUAUAUUGGUUUGGAGUUUGGUUCAUUCUUUGAAAUACCCUUCGAUUCGCCAUGUCAUCACAUCUUGAUUGGUGUCAAUCCUUUGUUGCAAAUGAUUUUCACCUUUAUGCAAAUGUAUUUCAUCUUUAUGAAUGCCAGAUUGAAUAUUCAUCGUUUCAAAGUUAUAGCCCGUUUUGGCUUAAUGCAUGUAGUGGCCACUAACAUAUGCGUUUGGAUACGCACCCUGGUCAAGGAGUCCUUGUUGGAAAUCACUUUGUAUCAUCAGAAGCGCGAUAACGAUCCCAACGAUUCGGCUAUAUCACAGUCAAUACGUCAACAUGCUUUGAGACAUGCUGGCACUGUGUUGCGUACUCACAAUGGACCAAAUGAAGAAUUUGAAGUAUUGGAUGGUGAAGACCUCUUACCGGUCAAUGCUUAUAAAACCGAUAAUGUUUUAUCAAAGUUGGUACGCAAGACCGUGGACGGCAUAUCGAAAACUUUGGGGUAUGGCUCGAACGAAGUGGCUGACUUGGCUGCCACCACCUUGAAUACAAUGACCACUACAUCAUCGACUACUAGCACCACAACUAGGGCUCCCUACACAACGCCUAGCUAUCAAUGGCAAAGUACUACUAUGGCACGCAAGUUGAAGAAGUUUAUCACGAGUACCACAGCUGCUACAAUGGGUACCUCCUCUUCAACGACCACCACAACACCCGCCACUACGACCACCUCAAGCACUACAAUGCCCUCAACCACACCGUUAACUACAACAACGACCACUGAAUUACCUUACAACACCUAUCAGAAUUUAUACUCCUCUGCCGCACCUUUGACGGGCGAAAGUCUGUUGUCAUCCUCAACUGCCGCCGAUACUACGUCUUCAUUCGAUAGUUCCAGUUUGGCCUCUAGCGUUGCAACAUUUUUCAAUAAUCUCAUUUCAAGCACCCCAUCACCAACCACAAUCACCACCACCACUGCCGCCACAACCACCACCACCAUUGCCGCCAAAACCACAGAAAACUCAUUAAAUCUCAUUAACAAUCUCAUGGAAAAUAGUUUCCAAACCUAUUCUGGCAUCUCCCAUCCCGAAUCAUCUAGUAUCAUGUCAUUUGAAAAUUAUGAAAAUUUAGAUAACAUUUAUCCUGCCGCUCUCUCCUCCAACGUUGGCACCCUCAACUCCUCCGCCUGCGGACGCAUAGAUAUUAUGGGUACCAUUGUUUAUGACUCGGCUCCCUAUCUGUAUCCCUUUAUCAUUGAAUAUUCCCUCAUUGGAGCUGUUGUCCUGUAUGUGAUGUGGAAACAUAUCGGUCGUUAUCCCGGUCGCUUAAGUGAUGACGAUUUGGAACAUCGUCUGGAGGUUAUGUUAUCGCGUAGAGCCGUCGCCAUGGCUCAACAGGCUCGCUCAGGACGCGUGGAUUGUGUUGGCUCAUCCAAAGGUUUAUUCUUUGGUCUAUUGUUGUUGGUGGGUGCUAUGAUAUCUUUGAUACUCUUCUUCGUCUUGGUGCGUCAUCAGCAGUUCUCUUUGUUGGCCAUUUAUUUGGCCGAUGCCAGCCAUUGUAUACUUAUGGUGUUUGCUAUAUUGGCCAUUAUAAUAGGAUUUAUCAGAGUCAAGAACUUGAAAUUCCGCUGCGAGGAACAAUCCAACCUCAAUGACAUUCUGUUGCGCAUUUCUGCCUUUGGUCUCUUCACCUAUUCCGUGUUCUCUGUUAUUUCGGGCAGCUUAAAGGUUUUGGAAAGUGAACCCAGUCUCUUGGUGACCACCACCAGUGGUGUGGCUGUUUUCCAAGUCAUUUUACAAUUACUAUUUAUCGCCGAUGUAUCACGUCGCCGUGUCCAUUUACCCGAACAUGAUCGCAGUAAGCCUGGUCGUCAAAUUGUUACAUUCUUGUUGAUUUGCAAUGUGGCCAUGUUUGCCAUCUACACAUUUGAAGCUCAAAAAGUAUUCGCCAAUCCCGUUCAAUUGGAUUUCUAUGGUUUCGUACCAUGGGCCAUCAUACAACGUGUUACACUGCCUCUCUGCAUUUUCCAUCGUUUCCACAGUGCUGUAACACUAGCCGAAAUCUGGAAGACCACCUACAAAGCACGUUUGGAGUAAAUUCAAUGCUAAACUCAGCCGGCACGGAAACUCAACCACAUUCAAUUAAACUUAAGAAAUUGGUGAAAAUUGAAACAACAACAACAAAGAAAAAAUUAUCUUGACAGUUUUUUUUAUAAUUUUUUUGAAAAAAAACAAAAUAUUAAUUAUAAAAAUAAAGAAGAAAAGAAAUUAAAAUGUUAGUGAAUCAUAAAGGAAAACAAACUCAAUGCAUAUUUAAAAUGAUGAUAAAUAUGAAACAAAUACAUUAAAAUCCGCUAAAUAAUUUAGUUUAAAGAAAACAAAACAAAAAAUAGUAAUUUAAAAAUGCCAUAUAAUGCACCAAAAUAGUAGACAGUACAUUUUUAAGAACGAAAAACAAAAUUAAAAAUCAAGAAUCUCAAAAACCAAAUUAUUGAAAAACAAAAAAAGAAAA